CUAACACAGAAAAUGAUUUAUUGACAGGUGAAGCAUUUACCGAUCAAGGGAACCAGAAUAUUACGGACCCGAAUAAUGAAAAUUUUCAGAUUCCCAUUACGCCUUUAAAUGAGAACGAAAUGGAGAGUAUUAAAAAGUUGGAAUCUCUUGGAUUCCCGAAACACUUAGCGUUGGAAGCCUUCAUUGCUUGUGAUAAGAACGAGGAAAUGGCGGCCAACUAUUUGUUUGAGAAUAUGAAUGACUACGCGUCAGAAAAGAAUUGCCUUAGCAAAACUUUUUACAUAUGUAGCACAUUUUACGUUUGCUUAAUGACAUUAUUUAAUUGUUACAAUAUCGUUUUGGUUAACUUUUUGU